AUGCCGGAAAGUCAGGUUUACCAAUCCCACGAAGGGUUCUGUUCCAAUUGGGCCGAUCUUGGGGCUCAGGACAGAAUUGGAGGAAUACCGGGCCCCAGCAACCGAUCAGAUGGGCGUAACGAGGGCAAGAAGCUUUGCAGCUGUGAAUUGCAUACGCCAUUUCAGUGGCCAAUGGAUCACGCAGUCAUCGCUCUUCGCCCUUGCACAUACAAGUGUCCCUACUGCCCAGAAUUUGAUGAUCUCGAAGACACUACUCCUCGGGUAUCGGAGGUUCAGCAACAUAUCCAGGAGGUCCAUCUGGUGAACGUUGAUGAGUUCCCCGGCCUCACAAUAGUAGCAACAAGGGCCCUACUGCCACGCCCUUGGAGAUACUGGGGGCCCAGCCUCACUCGCCGUUCAAGAUCUGAAUCGGCACACCUCCAAUGA